CCAUGGUCACUCUAAACAAGAACAAAAACGCGAACGCAGAAUUGUAAACCUGAAAAUUGCAAAUAAUACAAAUAAUAAAACAACCCACGGCGAUAAUUAAUUAAAAAUGACUGGUCGCGGCAAGGGGGGCAAGGGGAAGGUGGUGCGCGAAAAUGCGACGGACGAUAGGGACGAUUUUCUCGUGUACGCGGCUGAGAAAAUAAUCCAAAAGCGGGUUAGAAAGGGCACUGUGGAGUACCGCGUAAAGUGGAAGGGCUGGAACCAGCGCUACAACACCUGGGAACCGGAGGUAAACAUCCUAGAUCGCCGCCUAAUCGACAUCUACGAGCAGAGUAACAAAUCUUCGGGCACGCCCUCCAAACGGGGCUUGAAAAAGAAGGAAAAGGAGCCCGAUCCGGAGCCGGAAUCCGAGGAGGAUGAAUACACAUUCACCGGCGAUGAUGUCGACAACAAUCAGGCCACCACCUCUACGGCUGGCCAGGAUUCGGAGCCCAAAAAGGAAAAGAAGCACCAUCAGCAUCAUCACCACCACCAUCACCACCACAUCAAGUCCGAACGCAGCAGUGGACGGCGCUCAGAAUCCCCUCUGACCCACCAUCAUCAUCACCACCACCACGAAUCCAAGCGGCAGCGUAUGGAUCACAGCUCCUCCUCGAACAGUAGCUCCACGCACAACUCCUUUGUGCCCGAACCCGAUACCAACUCCUCCAGCUCCGAGGAUCAGCCGCUUAUUGGUACCAAGCGAAAGGCAGAGGUGCUCAAAGAGUCGGGCAAGAUUGGUGUUACGAUUAAGACCUCGCCAGAUGGCCCUACCCUGAAGCCUCAGCCGGCACAACAGGCAGCGCCUAUACAACAGCAGCAACAGCCUUCCCAAGAUCAGCAGCAAACGGAGAAGGUAGCCGGCGAUGCAGUUACCCCGCUUAAAUCUGAGCUGCAUGUCACCCCACUUGCCAUUGAAGCCACAACAACAACGCCCGCUGAGUCUGGAGCUGAGGAAGAAGAGCUGGCCAGCGAGGAGGGCAACCCGCAACCACCACAGGUUACUCCAGAGAACAACAACAUACCAAAACCGUGCAACAACCUGGCCAUCAACCAAAAACAGCCACUGACUCCUCUUUCUCCGCGAGCUCUGCCGCCGCGCUUCUGGCUCCCGGCCAAGUGCAACAUAUCCAACCGCGUAGUCAUCACCGAUGUCACCGUCAAUCUGGAGACCGUCACCAUACGCGAGUGCAAAACGGAGCGGGGUUUUUUUCGCGAGCGCGACAUGAAGGGCGACUCGUCGCCAGUGGCUUGAGCUACGGCCCAAACAAAAGCCGGUAAAACGAAACGGAAACCUGAAACAAUUGUAAAUAGACAAACCAAAAUGGGGGAAAGUUGAGAGGAGCACUAACAAAUCCGCACUAGAUGUUGCUAAGCAUUUUCUCUUUAAGACGUAAUUUAUUUAUUGUAUUUAUUUAUAGUGUAGUUAUUAGUUUGUUGUUUUAUUACAAUGUUUAAUGUGCAAGAGUAGCUUAAGCAAGCGCAAUUCGCUCAUUUACUAAAAGACUGAUUUUUUACUUCAUUAUUUACCCCUACAAUUUAAUUUUUACCAUAUCGGCAAUAUUUUUUUAAUGUACAUUCAGAUUAUAAUUGUUUAUUUCUUUCCGCAAUGUCGCUCAUUUGAGCUCUGACGGUCUUUUGGUGAAUGAACGGAAUGCUGCGACUGCUUAACUUGCCACUGCAAUAGAUUGUAAAACCUGCAGCAUAGAUAUGUAUGUCGUACAUAUAUUUAUUUACCACAUAUUGUAUAUUUUUCUAUAACACUUUGAAUCUGAUUGAGAACAACACAAGACACUCAUAUGCUACAAAACUCCAUGCGAAACCGAAGCAAUUGUUGAUUACGCUUGAUAUACAAUUAUAUACAAAUGAAAAAGCA